AUGGGGCCGGACCCGCGGACCCACCGGUUGGUCGUGUCGGGUUCACGGUUCGAAUCGGAUAGCGACGACGCGAUUCCCGCAUUCAUGGUCUACCAGAAGGAGGCAUUUGGCGGGAAACGAGUGCGAGGGAAUGGGAUCGAUCGACUCCCGAUUUCCCUCUCUUUUCCUCCGAUCGGGAGGGUUUUCUUUCUGAGUUCGCUAGGGUUUCCGCCAUGGCCAAUUCCAAUAAAUCCCGGCCGUUGUCCGACGAGGAGGAGGAGGAAACACCCUUCCCGCGAUGGAUCCGAUGGCGGAUCGUCCGAGGGGGAGGAGGAGGAGGAAGCUGCGGUCGCGGAAGAGGAGGACGAGGAGGAGAUCGAGGCGGUGGGUAGGACGGCUGGUCCCGGUGAGGAAGAAGACGAGGUGAUGGUCAAUGAAUCGGUCGAGGGCGCGGAUGUGCAUGGAGAUGGAAAGAGGAGCGAGACGGAGGACGACGGGGAGGGAGAAGAGGUGCUUAGGUUGUCUGAUAUUCGUCUCCUUUUAACAGCUCAUGACUUUUAUAGUACGUCGUCUACGGAUCUUGUUCAGUCUGCAAUUUUCACUUUUUUGUUGUCUUGGAGUCACGAUCAAAAGAAUUUCAUGAAUUGUAGGUUGUUGUAA